AUGCAUUCAAAUUCCCCUAUUUAAGUAAUAAAUCAUGAAUAUAAUAAGGCUCAUGUGAUUUCGCAUAGAAAUGAUCCUAACGAAACCGCCAUUUAUUAUACAAUAUAAAUAUUAGAUAAAACUGGGGAUAAUUGGAGAAUUGAUAGAAGGUAGUUGUUUGUAUAAUGAGAUUUAAAGAUUCUCAUAAUUUGAAGAGUUAUUAAAAAAAUUAAAGGUAUUUUUUGGGGAAUAAUUACCAUCCUUACCAAGAAAGAAAUAUAUAACAUUUUUAAUUGGUAGAUCUACAGAGGAUAUAGAAAAGCGAAAAGAAGGGCUAGAUUAAUUUGUCUAGGUAAUUAAUCGCUAAGAAUAUAGGAUUUGGUUAACAGACCUGAAGUUGUAGCCUGUAUUCCUUUUAAAGAAUUUUUUGAGAUUGAUAAAAAUGCAAAAGAAAUUGUCGUUAAUCCUCCUUAAUUACUCUAUGAAUUUAAAGAGUUUUAGCUAGGAGUAAGAGACUUUAUCCUCAAUACUGAAUCUGGCUUGAUGUUUGUUCUUUCUUCUAAUUGCUCGGUAAUAAAUAGAAUAGAUGCCUACUUAACAAAUAUGAAGGCACCUUGGGAAUUUAAAAAAGAUGAAGAAGCAUAAAUAGCAGUAGGGAGUGUAGAAUGCUGGCAUUAAACAUUACAUGGGGAAUAUAAAAAACUAUGGGCCAAAGUAUAUAAUUCAUAGGCAAUAACAUGUUAUUGGGAUCAUAUUGCAUCUGUUCUUCUUAUUGGAUUAGAUAGUGGAUCUAUAAAUUAAUUGAUUGUUCUUGAGCAAGAAGGAUUCUAAAGAUAUUCAGAUAGUUAAGAAUUUGAGUAACACAAAAGUAGAGUUAUGGGCUUGUAUUAUGAUAGAAGAAAUAAAUACAUGCAUUCUAUUUCAAAGGAUCGUAGAUAUAAGGUUUUCAAUUUGCGGAUGAAAGAGUUGGUGGCAGGUUUUUAUUGAACUAAAAUAGAUUAUAUGCCAGAUUAGUAUGAAUUGACUAGUUUAUUAGCAAGCGAUGAAAGAAGAAAGGUGUUUAUUGGAGAUAGACAUGGUUAAAUCUUUAUUUAUGAUAUAGAAAAAGUAGAUUUAAUUAAUUAUUCAAGUAAAUGCCCUCAUAUAUGAUUAAAAUCACAACGAAUUAAUUAUUUCUAAGAGGAUUAUUUAUUGAUCAUUCAAGAAAUUAUUUAUUUUCAAUUAGCCAUGAAAAUGGGGUAAUUUUAAUAAUUGACAUUUAAAACCCUGGCUAGGAAUAAUUUGCAAAAUAAAUCACAAGUUUAAAUGGAAGAUUUAAGAGUAGAGAGAUAAGCUGGUCUUCCAAAAGAGGAGAAAUUUAUGUCGGAAACAUUGAUGGAACUGUUACUAUUUGGGAUGCCAGAAAUUCCAAUUAAUUAUGUAAAAUAUAAAGUAAUCUUAGUUGUUUUAAAAGCCCAUGAGUCAGACAUAACUAAAUUGCAUUGGCUAGAGGAAGAGAAAAAAUUAGUAACUGCAUCUAAGGAUAAAAGAAUAAAAGUUUGGUAGUUGCCAUAAUUUUGGAGAGAUCCAAAGGUCUUGGAAAAAGAAAAUUAGAUAGAGCAUUCAAAAACUUUUAAAAAAUUAAGAGAAUCUUUAUUUUAGAAUUAAAAAAUAGAAAUAGAUAUGAAUCAAGAAGAUAAUGAAGAAAAUGGUAUGAUUAUAUGGGAUUAACCCUAAAAAAAGUAUUCUGGAAAUAGUUGUGAGGAUUUGACAGAAUUAAAAUGA